CUUAUUAAAUAGCACAUGGCUUGAGGCUACUGGUUUGAUGGCUGUCGUAUAGAUGUUCACAUUGCAGUAGUAGUCACAUCGCUUACAAGCAGAGCAGGAAGUGUUGCGUUUCUUAAAUGAGCUUGCUUAAGGCUAGGGGAGUGGAAGAGGUUUGCUUGUUCCUCAAGUUGGGACUUGAUGUUAUUAAUUUCCGACAUGGGGGCUUUGAUUUUUGGGCUUGAGAGCGACUACAAGAACCUCCACUUCCUCUUUCUAUUAGAGUGUUUAUUGGUCUUUAUAACUAAAGACAUGCUUAACCACUAGAAAUAACACUAGGAGACAAAUGGUGGUGAUUAAACCUGCACAAAGUACAGCAUCAUUGCAAUGUUUCUCUACAAUGAGGUCUAUAAGUUUAAUUUUUGGAUACAACUUCAGUUGAUGUAAAGAACAUAUUUGUAUUACUGCAAAAACAAGGAUGUGAAACUGGCUGACAAACACUUGCACAAAAAAUUACUUUUCAUCAUGGAGGAUUUAAAGCUGUACUGCAAUUGCCAUAUGAAUAUUUUGCAGUGAUAUUUUACUAUACUGUUGACUAUCCAGUAUUUCCUCAUAAUCUGAAUAUCAUGGGAGAAAACAGUCCAGAAUUGGUUCUCAUGUCUAUGGAUGAUGAUGGGUUGUGCCCAGAUGAGAAGGUGAGGAAGUGGUUUGUGGAAAAGAAUGUACGGGAGUCUGGUACAGUUUAUGAUACAACCACAGUGCUGAUAGAACAGGACAGGCCACCGUCGGAGGCGGAGGAGGAUGAUGAGGAGGAUGAUGAGGAUGACGAUGGCAAUGUUGGAACAAAUCUACCUUUCCUGGAUGCUGCCAAUGAGGAAGGUCUGCUGCUUUUGCCAGAGCAAGAUGCCAUGUCCCAAGGAUAUGUUCAGCAUAUAAUUUCACCAGACCAGAUUCACCUAACUAUUAAUCCCGGCUCCACGCCUAUGCCCAGGAACAUAGAAGGGGCAACACUUACUCUCCAGUCAGAGUGUCCUGAGACCAAGCAGAAAGAGGUGAAGAGAUACCAAUGUACAUUUGAAGGUUGUCCACGGACAUAUAGUACAGCUGGAAACCUGCGGACUCACCAGAAGACUCAUCGUGGAGAAUACACCUUUGUCUGCAACCAAUCAGGCUGUGGGAAGGCAUUUCUUACAUCUUAUAGCCUGAAAAUCCAUGUCCGCGUGCACACUAAGGAAAAGCCAUUUGAGUGUGAUGUGCAAGGAUGUGAGAAAGCUUUUAACACCCUGUACAGGUUAAGAGCACACCAAAGGCUUCACACAGGGGAAACCUUUAACUGUGUAACAGAAGGCUGCAGUAAAUUCUUUACCACCCAUAGUGAUCUGCGGAAGCACAUUCGCACCCACACCAGGGAGAAACCAUUUAGGUGUGAUCAUGAUGGCUGUGGAAAGGCAUUUGCUGCAAGUCAUCACCUUAAAACGCAUGCCAGGAAGCAUACAGGAGAAAAACCAUUUUUAUGUACCAGUGAUGGCUGUGAGAAGACAUUCAGCACCCAGUAUAGUUUGAAGAGUCAUAUGAAAGGUCAUGACAUUACUGGUUUGGAGGAAUCAUUACCAAACCACACAUCAUGCGAGGAUACAAAUCACUGGUUCUGCCUCAGCGAUGUAAGGUCUUUAUCAAGUGAUUCUGAAUUGCGGGAAAAUGUAGAUGGAAGUCCUGGACAAUCUCUUGGCCAGAUGUUACCACAAAAUCUCUUUGAGUCAAUGUUUCAGAGCCCAGAAAAUACACAAGAUACUGAUUCCACUCAGCAAAAAGUGGAUGCACUGCUGAAAACAUGGGCCACAAGCUCAGAAACACCAGCUGCAGCAGAGACUAGCUCAACUGAUCCUACAUCUCUGUCUAUUCCUCUGGUUACUCCACCUGUAAAUGUUGAGCCCCCUAUGGAGAAAACAUGUGCCCCUACAUCCAAUGCAGCACACUUACAACCAACGACAACAGAGUGUGGAACCAAACCAACUCCUCCGGUGACACUGGAGGCAAGGCAAUCACUGGAUUUGCAUUCUGCUAAUGGGGUGACUCCGUACACUACCAGCCAAGACUGCCUUCUCACCCCACAGGCAACCCAGCCGUUGGUAGAGGGACUGGCUGUUGUGGCAGGUCAUUCUCUUCCUGUGGUGUCUACUUCUGAAACAUCCAUGCCAACAUUAGUGCAAUCUGCAAUGCCCAGUGCUAACGCAGUGCUGACCAAUAGCCCUGCUAUAACCAUCACCCCAACACCCAAUGCUGCUCUCUUGCAACCAAGUUUAGUGAUGGCUGAGCAAAACUUUCAGUGGAUUUUAAAUGGAGCCACCCAAAGCCAGGAGCAGCCUCAACAAGCUGCUAAGGUGGAAAAGGUUUACUUCACCACUACUGUUCCAUUGCCUGGAAGCACAGGGAAUCCUGUACAGCAGAUUGGUUUGAGCCUUCCUGUUCUGAUUAUAAAACAAGAGGAAUCUUGUCAGUGUCAGUGCGCCUGCAGAGACUCUGUCAAAGAAAAAGCCAAUAAACGCAAAGGGUGUUCCCCAGCUCCAGAACCAGCAUCUGAUCCAAAACCUGCAGACCCUCCCCCUGAAAAUCUGCAUUUGUCUACCUCUCCCUGUGAAGGAAGUAGCGGCCACUUACUGAACACUUCAGGCUCUCAGCCUUGGACACCAUCUUCCUUAGAUAUUUCAGACUUCCUCUCCAUCCAGAGUCCAGAGAACCCUUCUUCUUUGGCCCCAAUGGAAGCCUUAUUGCAAGGGGAUGAUAUCAGCCUCGGAAGUUUUUCUAGUUAGGUUGCUCUACCAUUGGAUUGAUGUGAAUGAAACUUACCCCUUUAUUUCCAAGGGGGCUUACUGCGCACCAGAUGCAAAGGACAGAAUAUCCCAGCUGACACCUUGUAUACAUAUAGUUUUAGUUUUCACAAGAAGAGAACAUAUUUUUAUUUUAUUUAGAACCCCAGUGGAAGGAAAGCAGUUCCUUUUAGCACUGAUAUGAUGUUUGUAAAAAAAAGAGAGAGAACAAUUAACCUAUUUUGUUUUUAUUGCACUAAGAGUCACUUUGUUUGCCUGUCGUUUGCAAACCUGCAUUUCUAACUGCUCUGAAUAUCUAUGUAUGCACCAAGAGAGACAUAGGGUCUUUAGAUACCCUGCCUCUCCUCUUGUUCGCUUUCUAGAGUUCCUGUUACAGCACAUUGUGAAGUCUCCAGCUCUAAAGAUGUAACUAUUUCACUGAUUUUCAUGUGAUUGAGAUAACAUUUUAGCACUCAGAAAUUUUUCAAUUUUCUGCACACUUUUAUGCAAAAGUUUAUUUUUUUAAUGCAGUUUGGAUUUUUCAUUGAACCCAUUACCGAUCAUGUUAUCCACCAAAAAAGCCACGCAAGUCCCUUGAAUACGCACAGAAUUGAAGCCAUGAACAAUCUAAUUGUUAUAUUAAGAAUUAAGGUUGUGUAGAUUGAUGUCCCAUAGGAUUAUACAGAAGAAACAGGAAUGUAACUGACUGUGAUGUUUUGUUUGUUUUUUUUAUACUAUAGACUUAGCAUUGAAUGCUGAUACCGCUCCCAUUCAUACUCCUAACAAUUCUGGAACAUUGCAUCAUUAAGUAUUUAUUCCUUUUCUUACUGCAUGUGAGGUUGCUUAAUGCACCUCCUGCUGGAGGGAUGAGGAUCAUAGCAUAAUUUGGAAUUAUGUAGAAAGGGAGGGAUGAGUAGGAAAUUCUUCUCAGGGCUUUUGUUAGCUAAUAAUGUUGCAGUAUUGCUGGGUUUCUUUCCUUCAUUUAGAACUAUACCUUUACCUGGUGUGAAGACUGGAAGAAGUGAGACGUUAUUAUAAGUGCUCUGCCACCCAAUCGCUACCCGAUUGUUGGUGUAACACAGAAACUAAAAAAACAGAGAUAGUAUAUAACCUAAGCACAGCAGUGGCGAAUCUGUAGCAUUGACACACUUGCUAAGUUAUAGCUCCCAGCAUGGUUUCCAGCUGUUUAUUGCUGUAGAAGAAUGGGUUUUGCUGAUGAAGUGAGGCAUGCCAUCAAUAAUCCUAUAUCAGGCUCAGCUUCAACAAUUCAUUUGGCAGCCCAUUGCUUUCUCUAGACACUUAGCCAUAGAUUUCUGGUCCAGCAGUGACCAAAAGAUCUUUUGUUUGCCAGCUGUUCCUGUUUUAUUCCAAUACGGCUAUUUUGUGUAGCUGAACAAGUGUGCCAUUACCACCUUUUUUUUUAGGGGGUUACUGUUGUAAUGGUUUGUCCCGAUUGGUCCCGGUUAGGUUUUUGACCUAAAAUCCUUGGCUUUAAAAGGAAUGCUGGGUGUUAUAGAUCAGCGAGAGCUGGAGAGAAACAAGUUAAACAGACAAUUGAAUGUUUCCUUUCCUACUGCUGUCAUCCGCAAGAGUCAUAUGAUAAAGAACAGACAUUUUCUCCCUGUCUAGCAUGGUUUUAUUAGGUCAUUAAUUGUUACACUGCAAUCUCAUAGAAAAAAAUAAUCCCCUUAAAUAUAGUCACAUUCUAAACAUUAGUAAUUAAAGUGAGGUUCAUAAUUAAUUUCACCCAAUAUUUGGGUGAUUAACCUGUCCCCCAGACAUCAUCUAAUAAGGGUUUAGCCCUGUAUUAGAUGGCAACAUGAACUUGCUAGUUUUUAGCAUGAGGAUUUAAUAGGCUGGGAAGCUAAGACUUAAUCAGUAAUCGGCAAUUGUGUUUUCUUGUGACCAUAUUCAUCUCUUGUUUAUAUAGAUCUGUUUUGUGUGUCUUAUUUCUGUGUAUUUCUGUUUUACCUAAUGCCCUCAGAAUUAAAUAUGCUGCAGUUUCAAUUUACUUUCAGUACAAAACACUGGAAAUGUCUGUUUGAAAAGAAAACAGUGUCACCAUGUCUUCUGUUCAUUUUAUAGUACAUUAAAAGUUAAUGGCACCCUAUUUAACACCAUGUGCCAUUUCCCAUUCUGGCUGUUUAAUCUGUGCCACAGUUUGCCAUGGAAACAAAUGAUCUGUACACAUCAGAGAACCCAGAAACAUAGAAUCUACUGUGCUGGAAAUAGGGCCCUUUUUAUGUAGCAUUGUGGUUUUUAAGUUAUGUGGCACGAAAAGGGUUAGUGGACAGAUGUUGGCCAGUAGACCUAAAUCACAUGCAAACACUUAGGCUAAUGGCACACAGGUUAGUUUUUCUGGUGGCAUAACACACAGAGCAGGUUUUGGUGUGAAAAUGCUUAUUUUAUAUUUUCUGUACCAAAAUCUGCUCUGUUUGUGCCCAUGGACAGGCAUUGGAUCAGCGUGUCGGCACACAGGGGAGCAGGGUGGAAGGCAGCUGAUGGGGUCUCCUUUGACAUAUUUACCCGUGCAGAAAAAACACCAUUGUGUCAUUAGCCUUAAAAGAAAGUACUCCUAAUGAGUAUGGCUUUGCCAUAAUUAAAGUCAUAUUGUUGAUAGACAAAAAGCUAAGAAAUGCUACAGUUUUUGGUUUAAACUGAUUGUGACAAUUUGUUUCUUUGUGGGAGGCACAUUGAAGAAACAAGGAUGAACCCCCUGGGUUUCUUCCGUUUCUUACUUUAGCAAAAAUCAUGUUUUAAUAUAUUUAAUGUAGGAAUGAAGAAAAUAUCUAAAUGUACAUUUAUUUAAAAGAAAACUGCCCUUGUUUCCAUUUGUGUUUCUCUUCAAGUGGAAAUAGGGUAUGUUCACCCUAAAACAUUUUUAUUUGUUGUUUUUUUUUUUUAUUGGAAGGGGGGGAUUAAAAGAAAUGUAAUUCUA